CAGCUUAACAACAAUGUACUGUGGCAACAUGCUUUGUUUUGGUUGUGUUGAUGAAGUAAUACUAACAUAAUAGACAAGACCUCUACUGACUUUGACGUAGAGCAGUUGAGGGGCAUUAUCGGCGAUACCUAAUAAUUCCACAUCUGAACAAUAAAGAAAAAAACGUUUACCCCGUCGAUAAAACAAUACUACUUGAAACUUAUUUGAGUAUUAUUUAAGUUGCUGUAAUUGUCAGGGAGGUGACAUAUUAAUAUGUAUAUCACAUUGAAUCAGUGACCCUCAGUAGAGUAUGUGUAUGUUUGUUAAGAUGAUACAGUACUGUUGUGGCCUGACAUUGCUUGUAUUACCGGAGUAUUUCGGGGUCUGUUAUGGAUCUUGUGACCACAAUCCUCUUGUGUUGCUUUGUUGUCCUCUGAGGCCCUUUGAGGUCUUUAACUCUCAAGCUUUACACUAAUACAGCAGUUUGUUGCGUUCUGCACGACAGUUUCCGAACGACAGCUGUUUACAAGUAAUGUUAAGCUCCAGAUAAAGACACGCUCUAUAUUUAACUCAAAUGUGUUGAUGGAACUUCAACUAUAAGCCUGCGGCGAAACCACAAAUUGCAUAAAGCCACUGAAUCUGCAGCCUUCUAACACUGAUUGAUUUUGUAUUUCUUUCAGAUUGAGGAGCAUGUGAGGCAUCAACAUGGAUGAUUUGGAUCACAGCAUCCACAUUGCAGAGUACGACUGGACCCGCUUCCACGAGGAGAGUGACCAGUGUUGUCUGCCUCAACCCUCUCUUGCCUGCCCAGAUAGCUCCAAUCUCAGUGAUUCAGAGGAUUCAAUGUCAGUCUUUGACACAGGCCAAAAAGGGCCACAGCAGAACUGUGCUGGAAACAGUGAUGCCGCUGAAAGCAGCGCGGCAGAAUGCUGCACGGAGGAAGAGAACUACUCAGGUUGUGUAAAGUAUAUAUCAGGGCAGAUUAUUCAGAGUGGUACGGGAGGAGGAGAAGAUGAUGUGACAACAGAAGCUGAAAUGUCUCUUGAUCUUUCUGUAGAAACUGCCUUCAACACCGCAGAGCACAUCACAGAAGACAACAUCACAACCGCACUGGAAACUGAGCCACCGAAUGUUCAGUAUUCAGAUGAAGAACCAUCAGAGCUGAAAGAUGAAGAUGGAGACGUGCAAAUGGAGAGUGACAUUCGGGAAUUCCAAUUCGUACAGGAGUCCGACCCAAUCUUUUGCAACCGAGGAGAGAUACAUGGGAACGAGUCGCACGCUUCAGGCCGAGCUGUGAGUGAGGAUGUGAUUGGUGGUGCUUUAGGAGGAGAAACAGAGCGCUGGUUCGUGACAGUGAAUGACAUUCCUGCACAACAACAACAACAACAACAACUGCAUGCUGCCUCUUUGAAAAGAAAACGAAGACAAAAGAAAACCUGUCAGGACAAUAACAUGUGCAGACCUGGACAGGAGCGACAUCUCGAAAAGGGCCUACAAUUACAGUUAAUUCAAGUCAAUUAUGAAUUUGAGGGAGGGACUGAGUAUGUCACACACAAAAAACGAAACUCUGCGAUAAAAUCUGGAGGCUCUCCAAGUGAUGAAGACGAUGCUGAGAUGGGAAUGGUUUCAGAUGCAUCACAAAUGUCUUUGACCUCUGAUGAAGAAGACAGUUUGUCAGAAAAACUGCAAAUGUCUCAUUUCCCCAAAUGUAAUGUCAUCGAGCCGAUGACAGACAGAACAUCACACGACACAUUUAUAGCCGGAGGCCGCUCACAGUCGGACAGUGUGGAGUCUGACGAGCUUGAAGACGUCGUCGAGUUCUUCUCCACUCACAGUUUCGAUUCUGAAAGCUAUCUGUCCGCUGCUGAAUCCGCGGAGGAACUGCAGCAACUUCUCGAGGAACAGCAGCAAUUGCAACGCUCAUUGUCUCUGACAGAAACCAACAACAUGUUAAAUCUCACUGAGAAUACCGAGGCAGAUGACACGCGGGACCGCGGCGUGCAUUCUGGCGACGGUGCUCUCUCUUGCAAUGUAACAGCUACCGACUCUGAAGGUCAUCGAUGUGCCAAUGCUCAGCCCACCCGGACAUUCCCAUCUGUCGGCCAAAGCGUUGACAGAAUGCCAGAUGACGACUCCACGUGUGACGACGACACACACGGCCUGCUGCCCUCCGAUGCGCACAGACUCCAACAACAGGAAAUGAGCCUUUCAGCGUCUGGUUGCUCUUCAGGAGAUCAUCUUCUCCCCAUUCCUGAUUUAACUGUCACACCUUGCUCUGUGGCCGACAGCCCUGAAACAUACGCCGAAGCUGCGGGCCACACUCGGCCUGUGUACGCCAUUUCUGCCUUUUGGGCUGAAAUGGAAAAAUGUACGAUAAAUGACAUUUUGCAGCUCAGGAUGGGGGGGAGGCCCCCGUCGAGGGAAACACAACACACAGUGACGCCAAACACAGACGACCUCAGCUCUUUGGAUGACGCGGCGGAGCACAAUUUGUCUGAUGGCGGUCUGAUGGACACAUCCGACGCCGCUGACUCCGACUAUUUCACGCAGCCUGAUGAAUCCAAGCCAGAUGGUUCAAGCUGUGAGUUUUCUACCUCCGAUAUUGAAGAUGAGUACUGGCAGUUUCUCGGCGCCAGUAGGGAUCCCAGUCCUGACCCUCAGAGCAAAAAACGACGAAGCACGAGUGACUCUCCUAUCUUCGUACAUGAGGAAGAGGAGUCCCCGAGCUCUGGAGGAAAGGAGACACCUGUGCCUUCAGAAGACUUUGUGAGGAAGGGAUUAGAGGAUCAAGACUCGAAUGCUUUAAUUUCAAGCCAACUGGCAGUGCCGAGACAAAUGACAAAAAGCAGAAGCGUGCACAAUGUACAAGCUCUCAACACAGAGGAUUUAUCUCUGCAGUUGCUACUUGGUGAUGACGAAAGGGGUCUGUUUCCCAGCAGCAGCAGCCCGCCACUGGAGGAAAACAUGGUUUUAAAAGCGCGCGAAAGCCUGUUGGCAUUAAUACCUGCGACAUUUAUGGAUGAAUAUUCUCAAAUAUUUUGCCCUGAAAUGUUUCAAUGCUUUUUGAGAGAGGAAAACACAAAGAGUGUCGGCGUCUGCGAGCCAGAGGACAUCUCAGUGGCUCCUGUGAUUGACUUCCCUCUUUGGAUAUUCAGGGAUGAAACGUCAUCGUCUUCCCUCCACGAGCUCCAGCGCAGCGAGGAGGAACCCAUCCCCAUUUUCUCUUGUUCUCAUCCCACUGUCAGAGAACUCACAUUCCCAAAUCCGCUCUUUGUUUUCUUGAGUAGCGACUGCCCGGAAGCUGAGGACAUUUCUCCAAUCAGAGUUGUUUCUCACUCUUUCAUCCAGGGCAGUGGUUGUGGGGCAGCAGGCACACAUGGAUUUCACUGUUGGAAAAGUUUGAUGAGGAGUCGCUUCCCGGACAAAGGGAGUAUCUGGUGCAGGAGAUCCGGCGCCUGGGUGUUUCCCGUUGAGGCCGAGAAGAUGACUAUCAAGACUUCUGAUCCACCAAUCACAGCGCUCGCUGAGAGAAGAGUCUCUUCACCUGCUUCUCAGUUGUUUCGAGAGCUAGCAGUAGAGCAGAUAGUAUUGGAAGCGAUAAAGACAAGAAGACGAGAGGGCAUCUUCUCCACACUGAAGCAGUCGGAUAUGUGUUUGGUCUGCAUUGCAUUUGCCUCCUGGGUGUUAACAUCUUCUGAUCCCGAAGCGGCCGAUACCUGGAAAGCAGCUCUGCUAGCAAAUGUCAGUGCGCUGUCGGCCAUCCAGUACCUGCGGAAGUAUGUGAAGAAGAAUCCCUCUUAAGAUGAUCCCGGAUACGUUUCAGAGAGAAGAGUCAUUUCCAAACGUUUUCACCUGGGUCCCUCCGUAAAAAUAUAUCGACUAUAUAAAUAUGUUGCAGUAAUACUUCUGCUGUCUCGGCGUAUGCAUUGGUUUCCAACACAGCAUGUAAAGGUAGAAGUUAGCCAACUUGUGUUUUGAGUUAUCUUCAGUCUGAAGCUAGUUAGCUACAUUUUUUGUUAAAGGAAGAAGUGAUAUGCUGUUUCUUAUUGUUCUUUCCUUGUGCUAAAGCACUUAUUUGCAAUAAAGCUAAUUAGAAAGAUAGUAAAAAAUAAGGAUUGGACAAAUUAGAUGUAAAAGAUACAUUUUCAAAGAAAAAAUAUAGAUACAUGUACAUUUAGUUUUUAAAUGUUGAAGGGCAUAUUUUCAGCAUCGGUCAAAUGUGCCCGCCACUUUUGUAGGUUACAUUUGCCCAGAAACUAGUCCAGUUGAUUAAGAAAAUAGUUUAGCUUUCUUUAUAUCUUAUUGAACUGAAUCAGUACACUGUAUAUACGAGACAUGAUACGAGACUAGAUAAGUUGGAAAGUAUUGCGGGACGGACUAACAUAAAGAUGAUUUUGCUCUUUUCAUUGGAUUUGUUGACAAUAAGAAACAUGUAUUAUCACCAGCAUUCUUUAAACAUGUAAACAUUUUAAACAUAAUAACUUUGAUGGGUUCUGGGUAAACCGAUGUUGAUGUGGACCAUUAUGUAAGCCAGAAGCUCGUACUUCUUUAACACAUGCCGCUGGUGAAUGUCAUGGCUUUGUAUGUCAUCAAGCUAACUUGUAACGGCAGCUUGUAGUUUAUCAGCAGAAGCAAAGUGUUUUGUGGGCCGUCUCGUAGAGCAUGAAAAAGAGGAUGAAACCUUAAGAAAGUUGUUUUGUUGAAAGAUAUUGGUCUAAUUUGUACGUAUCUUGUCAGAAAGUGUUCAGCAGGUGAGUAACAGGAGCUGUGCUUUAUGGGUAAGCAUCGUCUACGUGGUUCCCAAACCUUUUGGCAAGUGAGCAGUCAAAUGUAAGCUUGAAGAAACGCUAAUGCAUUUGCCUUUAUACGCAUCAGUAAAAUAACAUGUACAUAUCUGUUAGGUGUUGCUGUCUCAAAUGCUUUUAUGCAUUACCCAUAAAUGAUCCGCUGCUAUGGCUUUCA